AUGUCUUACGAUUCAUAUAGAGGUGCAGCAGGUAGAGGAGGAUCAGAUAGAGGAAGCGGAUAUGGCGAUGAUUUCCACGGUCUGAGUAAUUUCCAACGCGGUGGCGGUUUCAGAGGUAGAGGUGGAAGAAGAGGGGUGCCGUAUCGUGGCGGACGUGGAGGUUACGGCGGAGGUUACAACUCACUGUACUACGGAAGCAACUAUCGAGGCCGCGGUGGUUACUACAACAAGUACAGCAACCACAACAAUCGCGACAAUUGGAGUCGAGGAAGCUCGUACUCGGAGCAAGAGGAACAAGAAGAGCAACCAGAACACAGAGAUGGUUCAGUAGAGCACGACGAGGAAGAGGGCGGACAUUCGAGUCAAGAUUUCUCUCAUGGGCGUGGUGGUAGUGGCUACAGAGGAGGACUGUUUCGUGGAGGAUACAAAAGUCGAAAUGGAAGCACACAUCACCUGGGUGAAUACUACAAGUCAGGAGGCGUAGUGGAUAAAAACUCUCGACAUUAUAAGGAGUUCCUACAUGAUACAAAGUUGAAGGAGUUUCAAAAUCCAUGGAUAAAUAUUAUGGGUAUCACUGAUGAAACAAGGCAGGCAAGUUUGGAGGAAAGCUACCAUGAACAAGCUAAAGCUGAUGAAACUAUUCGAGAUUUACAAAAGAGGAAGCUCAGGCUAGAAAUGGCACUCUCAAGUUUGGAGAAACAUGCCGCUAGAGAGGAGUUGCAUGUACAGCUAACUAAUGAGAAAUUGGAUGAAUUUGUGUAUAUUUAA